AUGCGCCAUGGUCGGAGACGCACAUGGCGAGGACUUGCCGUCGCGCCCUUGGUGUUGACGCCGGCGUACGGCAACCCGUCCUGCUCGGUCGUUGGCCAAGCGUACCAGGAUGCAGCGCCUCCUGUGACCGGCCUGCCCAAUGGCGCCUUCCUGACCGACGCAACUCAGUGUCAGUCUUUGUGCGCGAGCAAUCCCUCCUGCCAGCACUUUACUUGGUUCACCGAUAACCACGGCUGCUGGCUGGGCCUCGAUGGCCAGGAAGGCCUCGUGCUGGCUCCCCAUGCGGUCUCCGGCCCGAAGCGGUGCGCUGCGCCCACCUCGGCCCCCGUGGUCGUCGGGCCUCCGUCCACGAGUUCGGUGCCCCUGGCGCUGCCGGUGCCUUCUCUGACGUCGCCGCCGCUCCCGAAAGCCCCUUCAGGAGGUGAAACCGGCAGGGGCCCUUCGGGUGGCGGUCCGGCAGGGUGGCUGCUGGCGGUAUUGGCUUGCGGCCUCCUCCUCUUCGCUGGCUUCAUGGCCAAGAACUUCCUCUGCCGGCCCUCCAAGCCAAAGGAAAGCGCGAGGAAGCGGCACAUGAGGCGGACUCAGGGCAUGGCGCCUGUGGAGCAGGAAGAGGAGGAGGAGGAGAUGGACGUGGAGAAGCCAAUGAUGCCAUGGGAACAGCGUGCCCAGGCAGCGCGCACGGGCUCCUCCUCCAACUUCCCGGCCUCGACUACCGGCGGCUUCGCUCGCCUACCCAUGGAGGACAUGACCAUGCAGGUGCCGACGCAGGACUCGGGACUGAGGGCGCCCAACUUCCCGCAAGCGCCCGGGGGACAACUUGGCCCGUCGUCAACUUGGCUGAACUCACUUCCCGCCACCAAUCGCUUUGUGCCGGCGACGCACUGA